AUGAAGCGCCGCCGUAGCUUGCUGAGCCUCGUAGCCCUGGGUGCCUCCGGUGCAGCCUGGGCCGUACCCCGGCGCUGGCUGCUGCCGGCGGCAGCGCUUGGUGCGGCGUGGCCAGCGCAAGCGCAGCCGGCGGAGGAGGAUGUGGCGAUGAUGCAGAACGCUUUAAGCUCGGUGAGGCGGAUUGGAGAUUUCCCCUCCAAGGCUGCCCUAAGCAACGCCGAAGACGAGCUCACGGCCCUGCUGGCGCGCUGGCGACGCUUCGCGGGGCAGGUGGCGCCCAACGAGCUGCCGGCGAUUCUGCGCAACCGCGCGGCGGUGAAAUUGAGAGGCAGCCGGGCUGAGGAAGCCUUGGCUGACUUGGACGAAGCCUUGGAGCUCUGCAAAAAGGCCAAGUCUGAUCAGUUGGUCCAAUACGACGAGAUGCCCAAGGUCUUGAUUGCGCGUGGUGGUGCGCUGAGGGCUUUGAGGAGAUAUUCCGAGGCGGUGAAGGACUAUGACCUGGCCGGAGACCUCUUUGGAGAGCCAGAUCUGGAGAUGCUGUCUGGCCGCGCGCAGGCCAAAGUGGGCCUUCAAGAGCCGGCGGCGGCGGCCGAGGACUUCGACGCGGCGGCGGAGCUGCUGCGCCUGGCUGGGCGGCGCCCGGAGGCGGAGAUCGAGGCGGAGCGCGGCGCGGUGCAGCGGAUGGCGGCGGAGGACCUCUUGCCCGCCGAAGAAGCCUUCGCCGGAGUCAUUCGUCGCUCGGUGGGGCUGCUGAGCAAAGACAUGGGGCUGCUUCAGCGUGUGGUUCUGGCGGAUAGCGAUGCGCGCAUGGCGAUGACGGCCAUCAGUUGGCACAAGAAGCAGCCGGAGAUCGCUGAGGCGUAUUGGCGGGAUGGUUGUGAUCGCUUGACGAUCUUGGCGGAUGAAGCCACAGGGAAGAACCUGGCGUUGGGCUUCGCGGAUGGCGAUGUCUACAACUGCACCAGAUACGCGUCUGAUUCUACCUGGAUUCGAGAAGUGCGCGGCUGGCCCCAACAGGCGAUCGGAUGGUUUGAAGAUUUCCUGCGGAAUCGGGAUCCCAGCGCCGCGCCGCGGGAAUCAUAUGUUCAGGAUUUGAUGGCUGGCAAGAGACCUGGAGAGGGGAGUACGCUCAUGGACUUGGCCAUUGCCACGGACGUCUUUCGCCGCUCGGAUCCUUUGGCGGACAUCCAGAAAAAUCUGCAGCGCGAUCCCUUACUUCAGCAAGAAAGGGAACGUGCGGAGCGAUGA